AUGCCUGUGCUCACCUGCGACCCCACGCCAUGGUACAUGCCUGUGCUCACCUGCGACCCCACGCCAUGGUACAUGCCUGUGCUCACCGGCGACCCCACGCCAUGGUACAUCCCUGUGCUCACCUGCGACCCCACGCCAUGGUACAUCCCUGUGCUCACCUGCGACCCCACGCCAUGGUACAUGCUUGUGCUCACCUGCGACCCCACGCCAUGGUACAUCCCUGUGCUCACUUGCGACCCCAUUCCAUGGUACAUGCCUGUGCUCACCUGCGACCCCACGCCAUGGUACAUCCCUGUGCUCACCUGCGACCCCACGCCAUGGUACAUGCCUGUGCUCACCUGCGACCCCACGCCAUGGUACAUCCCUGUGCUCACCUGCGACCCCACGCCAUGGUACAUGCCUGUGCUCACCUGCGACCCCACGCCGUGGUACAUCCCUGUGCUCACCUGCGACCCCACGCCAUGGUACAUGCCUGUGCUCCACGGCACGAGCAGCAGGCGCCGGCCCUGGCAGGCACGGGGCGGCAGCAUCUGGUGCAGCCAGAUGUCGCGCUGUGAUUGGCGCGUCAUUGCCAGGUUGUUGCUGUCCGCCCCCCGCACCUUGGGGGAUGUGGAGGGGCGGAUGGGCGCAUGGGGAGGGCGCAUGGGGAGGGCGCAUGGGGAGGGCGCAUGGGGAGGGCGCAUGGGGAGGGCGCAUGGGGAGGGCGCAUGGGGAGGGCGCAUGGGGAGGGCGCAUGGGGAGGGCGCAUGGGGAGGGCGCAUGGGGAGGGCGCAUUGGGAAAGGGCGUGUGAGGAAGGGCGGGUGGGGAAGGGCGUAUGGAGAAGGGCAGGUGGGGAAGGGCACAUGGAACAAGGGCGGAUGGGGUAG